ACUUCUCCAACCCGUUCGAACUUUGAUGAGAAGGAAGAAUAAUGCGAAUUCCGGAAUUCUAAUGGCAGUUGCCAAAGUGCAAUAAAAACCGAAAAUAACAAAAAGAGAACCAAAAAUGAAAUCGACAAGGGACACACCCAACGCACACUCCUUCGCGCACUCGUAGAGAGAGAGAGAGAGAGAGAGAGAGAGAGAAAGAGGAGAGAGAGAGAGAGAGAGAGGACUUUCAGAUCUGGAAAUAAGGUUUUUUUUAGAUCUAAAGCGAAUCGAGCAUCUUCCGUUUGAUUCCCGCGAAAAUGGACGACUUCAUCGACAACUUGCCGGCUAUGGAUCUGAUGCGCUCGGAGAAGAUGACUUUCGUCCAGCUCAUCAUUCCGGUCGAAUCGGCUCACCGUGCUGUCUCGUAUCUCGGCGAACUUGGGCUCUUGCAAUUCCGAGACAUGAAUUUUGAUAAAAGCCCUUUCCAACGGACAUUUGUUAAUCAGGUAAAGCGAUGUGCAGAGAUGUCAAGAAAGCUACGUUUCUUCAAAGAGCAAAUCAGUAAAGCCGGUCUAAUUGCCUCUACACGUCUUGUUAUGCAACCAGAUCUGGAGUUGGAGGAACUAGAGAUACAACUUGCUGAACAUGAACACGAGCUAAAUGAAAUGAAUUCGAAUAGUGAGAAACUACGACAAUCAUAUAAUGAGCUCUUGGAGUUCAAGAUGGUAUUGCAAAAGGCAGGUGGCUUUCUUGUAUCAAAUAAAACUCAUUCAGUUUCGGAGGAAAGAGAAUUAGAUGAGAACAUCUACUCUAACGAUAAUUAUAUUGAGACAGCGUCUUUGCUUGAACAGGAGAUGAGGCCUGGACGCUCAGAUCAAUCUAGCUUGAGAUUUAUUAGUGGGAUAAUUUGCAAGUCUAAAGUGCUUAGAUUUGAGAGGAUGUUGUUUCGUGCUACAAGGGGGAACAUGCUUUUCAACCAGGCACCAGCUGAUGAACAGAUCAUGGAUCCCUUAUCUACUGAAAUGGUUGAAAAAAUGGCAUUUGUAGUGUUUUUCUCUGGAGAGCAGGCAAGAACAAAGAUUCUUAAAAUUUGUGAAGCAUUUGGAGCAAGUUGUUAUCCUGUGCCUGAAGAUGUUACCAAGCAGAGGCAAAUAACUAGAGAAGUAUCAUCACGCCUAGUAGAACUGGAAACAACUUUAGAUGCAGGGAUUCGGCACCGGAAUAAGGCCCUUACUUCCAUAAGUUUCCAUCUAGCAAAAUGGAUGAAGAUGGUAAGAAAGGAGAAAGCUGUCUUUGAUACACUAAAUAUGCUAAAUUUUGAUGUUACGAAGAAAUGUCUUGUUGGAGAGGGAUGGUGCCCAAUUUUUGCAAGAACUCAGAUUCAGGAGAUACUGCAACGUGCAACAUUUGAUAGCAGUUCACAAGUGGGCAUAAUAUUUCAUGAAAUGGACGCUACAGAAUCACCUCCUACAUAUUUUAGAACCAACUCUUUCACAGGUGCUUUUCAGGAAAUUGUUGAUGCGUAUGGUGUUGCUAGAUAUCAAGAAGCAAAUCCUGCAGUAUUCACUGUUAUCACAUUUCCAUUUCUUUUUGCGGUGAUGUUUGGGGAUUGGGGUCAUGGCAUAUGCUUGUUGCUGGGAGCGUUAGUCCUUAUAGCUCGUGAAAGUAAGCUCAGUACUCAGAAACUUGGGAGUAUGAUGGAGAUGCUAUUCGGUGGACGCUAUAUACUUCUUUUGAUGUCACUAUUUUCAAUUUACUGUGGGUUGAUUUACAACGAAUUCUUCUCUGUUCCUUAUCACAUAUUUGGUGGGUCUGCUUACAAAUGCAGAGAUGCUACUUGCAGUGAUGCACACACUGCUGGCUUAGUCAAAUUCCGAGACCCAUACCCAUUCGGUGUGGACCCUAGUUGGCGUGGAAGUCGUUCAGAACUGCCAUUCUUGAAUUCUCUCAAGAUGAAGAUGUCCAUUCUGUUGGGUGUAGCCCAAAUGAACUUGGGAAUCGUUAUUAGUUACUUCAACGCAUGUUUUUUUCGCAGCUCAAUUGAUAUAAGGUACCAGUUUGUGCCACAGAUGAUCUUUCUUAACAGUCUGUUUGGGUAUCUUUCACUUCUCAUCAUCAUCAAGUGGUGUACCGGAUCUCAAGCAGACCUCUAUCAUGUGAUGAUUUAUAUGUUUCUGAGUCCCACUGACGAUCUUGGUGAAAAUCAGUUGUUCUGGGGCCAAAGACCGCUUCAGAUUGUAUUGUUGCUUUUGGCUCUAAUUGCAGUUCCGUGGAUGCUUUUUCCGAAACCUUUUAUUUUGAAGAAGCUUCACACGGAGAGAUUCCAAGGUCGCACCUAUGGCAUUCUUGGUACCUCAGAGAUGGAUCUCGAUGUGGAACCUGAUUCUGCAAGGCAACAACAUGAGGAGUUUAACUUUAGUGAAAUAUUUGUGCACCAGAUGAUACACUCAAUCGAGUUCGUUCUUGGUGCAGUUUCUAAUACAGCGUCAUAUCUUCGACUUUGGGCUUUAAGCUUGGCUCACUCAGAACUCUCAACUGUGUUCUACGAGAAAGUCCUUCUCCUUGCCUGGGGGUAUGAGAACUUUGCUAUCCGGUUAGUUGGAUUAGCAGUUUUUGCCUUUGCAACUGCUUUCAUACUGCUCAUGAUGGAAACAUUAAGUGCUUUUCUUCACGCCUUGCGUCUUCAUUGGGUGGAAUUUCAAAACAAGUUCUACCAUGGUGAUGGCUACAAGUUCAAACCUUUCUCUUUUGCCACCUUGGCUGAGGAUGAGGAUUAACAUACAUGUUACAAUAGCUACAUCAUAUUGCUUGGCAAUAGCUGAGAAGGCCGGAACCUUUCGAAGUACGAAAUGCGAUCGAGCCACCCAUUUUGGCUUCUUGAAGGAAAGCCUGCUUUAUGUUAUUAACAUAAUUAUGCUCCGAUUUUGACUUGGAAAUGUAACAUCCCGGUUCGUUAUUCUUUGAUGCAUUGGUAUAUUGGAGGGUUUAGGGUAAGCUUCCCUUUUUAUUUUUUUUGUUCUAUGUGGAAAAGGGGAGGGCAACUUGUAAAGAGGAGCUGGGAAUCAUAAGGUACAUACGGCAGUUCAUUGGGGAGGAAAAUUUAUAGGUUUACGUUCACACACACAAACGCACCAUGCAUUAUGGAUUUUGUAGGGAUUUGUGUUCAUAGAGGGAAUGGAAUUAUGUCUCAUUAAAUAAGAAAUCGGUCAAUACAAUAGAUACAAUCAUUGGUGGAAAGAUGUUAUGCUACUGCCAUACUAUCUUCUUCUAAUCUAUGUUGCAUUAUUAGCAAUUUGCCAAUUUCGAGUGCAGUUUCGGGCGUAUAGUAAUAGUAAACUAGAGAGAAAAAGAGAGAGAGAGAGAGAGAAGACAUUUGAUACAAGGCUUCCAAACUCAGAAGAGAGAGGAUAGAGGAAGUAGAAUACAAAGUCUGAAUAAGCUCUAGAACAUCUGUCUCCAGAAACUAGUUACAAGCCAUUUGAAACUUUUGGCAAGCACCAAUGCUUCGGGUUGAUGAGAGCAUCCAAUGAUUUAGGAGGCUAUAUUGGCAACCAUGGCAAAGCCUUCACACUCAUGUGUAAAUGCUCCAAUUCCUAUGUUUUAGUUUGCCUCUGCUCAGGAGGUAACUUCCCCUGAAUUGUUUCUGUUGAACGAAUACUCAUUUCUCAGCCAAAAAAAAACAAACGCUCCAA